AACACCACACCUACCACAACAACAAAGCCAGCGUGCUGCAGAAGGUCAAAAAUGAAAAUUGAUUGCUAUGUGCUCAGAAAAUUACCAAUCAAGCAGAUAAGUCGCUUCAGACUUAACUGGGUCAUCAUAUGGUCAAUGACAUAUCUCACUGGUACAACAAAUUACAUCACCAUCCCCCUACUACACCAGUUCAUUACCAGCUCAUCAAACACUACUGAUUCACAAGUUGUACCUGGUCUUGGUUUGAGUGAAACGUGGUAUUCCUGGGUCAUCAGUGCUCAGAGUAUUGGUAUAUUUGUGGGUGCUCUACUCUUUAGUGUAUUUGCUCGCUCAUUCUAUUACAAAUACAUCAUUAUUGGGUCCCUUUUCAUUCUCAUGCUCUCUGGAAUCUUUUUCAGUUUUGCUGUUAAUGGCUGGAUGGUGAUAACAGGUCGAUUUUUAGCUGGCUUCUACAUAGGCAUUGGACAGCCCUUAACUAGAACUUAUACUGGUGAAUCCAGUGAUAAAGUUAUCCAAAUGAGAAAGGAGGCAUCUCUCAGACCAACUGAGCAGAAUAGUAAAGAAAAAUCUUCACUCAAAUAUACGAAUUACUUCAUUCAGUUUGCAACGACUGUUACAGGAUUAGCUGUUGCUCCAGGCCUAGGAGCUCUUGCCUCUCAGAUACCUUCUCUAGAUCCAUUCCGUUGGCCUGGCUACUACCUCAUAAUACAUGGUGGACUACUUAAUAUAUUUGUGAUGCUGUUUUUCUGUGAGAAAUGGGACGACGUGAACAGAAAGAAAAAGAAAGAGAAUGAUAGUAAGAGAAAGUGGUUUAAGUUUCAGAAGCCAGAUCAACCAAUACAGGUAAGUACAAGUACCUAUUAUUGUGUAUAUU